AGUACAUAUCCCGUUAAAAACUACAAUUAAUUAUAAUUUAUGCGUAAUGUUACAAUAAUAAGAUUAAAAGUAUGCCAAAUAUGUAAAAAAUAAAUACUAAUUAUGUAACAUGGAAUGGUAUAUAGCAGUGACUACAAAGAUAUCAGAAUAUAGCCUUGUCUUGUUAUGAUUCGUUUUCUCAAUAUUUGUUAUCGUAAGUUAUAGAGCAAAAGGUCCUCAAACUGGACUUAAUAAAAAUGAUUCCCCUCAGUAAAGUUAUAAAUCAUGAACAUAUGUUAGAUAUUUGUAAAGAAUUCAGUAGAUUACGAGAAAAAUGUUAUUUAGAAAAUGCUGGAGCUGCAUUAUAUCCUGCAAGUCUACUUGCGAGAGUGAAUGAAGAUUUAAUGAACAAUGUUUAUAUGAACCCACACUCUGAUAAAUAUACAAAAGACUGUAUAGAGCAGAUAAGAUGUUUAAUAUUAAAACAUUUUAAUACAAAUCCAUCCAAUUAUACUGUGAUAUUUACAUCUGGUACCACACAAUCAUUAAAAUUAGUCCUCGAAUCAUUUAAAUUUAAUUGCCAAGAAGAUGAAUUUAAUCAUGGAUCUUUUAUGUAUUUAAGCGAUAAUCAUACAUCAGUUAUUGGUUUAAGGGAAAUAGCUAAAGAGAAAAAUGUUGACAUUAUUCAUAUAUCACAAGAGGAAUUUUUACAAUCAGUUAAAAAUGUAUCACACUUGAAGGCCAGAAGUGUUCAACCAGAAAACAAUAAAGGCAACUCUCUUAUUGUAUACCCAGCCCAAAAUAAUUUUAAUGGCUAUAAGUUUCCAUUGAAUAGUACCGAGAAUAUUAAAAAUGGUUGCUUAAAUAGUUACUUGAAGAAACAAUUAUGUGGAACUAACUGCAACUGGUAUGUCCUUUUGGAUGCAGCUUCAUAUGUAUCCACAAAUAUGUUGGAUUUGUCAGUACACCAACCAGAUUUUGUGUGUUUGUCUUUUUACAAGAUAUUUGGCUACCCUACCGGCCUUGGUGCAUUGAUAGUGAAUAACAAAGCUAUUUCAGUAUUAAGUGAAAAGAAAUAUUUUGGGGGUGGAACAGUUGAUAUAGUUCUGAGCAAUGAAGAUUUCCAUGUCAAAAGGGAGAAUUUAUAUGAACGAUUUGAAGAUGGUACAAUUUCCUUUUUAUCAAUCAUUGCCUUGAAGCAUUGUUAUGAUACUUUAUAUUCAUUAAUACCAAAAGUGGUUCACAAUGACGUUAUGGAAACCAUAUCACAUCACACUUUUUACUUGGCUCAAGACUUAUAUACGCAACUGUGUAAACUCAAGCAUGACAAUGGAAUGAAGGCAGCUGUAUUAUAUGUGGAUUCAGAUUUUACUGAUGUACAAAAACAAGGCGGAAUAGUUGCUUUUAAUCUUAAGAGGAAAGAUGGCACAUUUAUUGGUUAUGCAGAGUUUCAGCAUAUGGCAGAUUUAUUUAAUAUAAGUAUCAGAACGGGCUGUUUUUGUAACGCCGGAACAUGCCAAAGACAUCUUAACCUAAGUAAUAAAAGUAUGAAAGCAAUGUAUAAAGCUGGACACAAGUGUGGCGAUGAUUUGGAUUUAGUAAAUGGAAAACCAACCGGUGCAAUAAGGGUCUCUUUUGGAUAUUACAACACAUACCAUGAUGUUGAUAAAUUAAUCAAUAUGAUUUGUAAAUGCUUUGUGAAUACCAUACUAGACAAACCUCCAAGAAUGUUGAAUAUUUAUAAAAAUAUUCAACAGACACAGAGAAAUGUGACAAUAUAUGAUAGAAAAAUCGAAGACUGUUUGGAUGAGGGUACUUACAUAAAUAUCAAUAACAACACCACAUACACAUAUAACCCAAAAAUUGUACUUACAGAAAUUUCCAUAUUUCCUAUAAAAUCUUGUGGGGCAUUCAAAAUUAAAUCGGCCUGGAAAAUAGGUUCUAAAGGUUUUGAAUAUGAUAGGGAAUGGAUGGUGGUCAAAGAUAAUGGUGUCUGUCUCACACAAAAGCAAUGUCCUCAGAUGUGUACCAUUCGACCAGAAAUUAAUUUGGAAAGCAAAUCCUUGCUCUUGCAUUGUCAUGACAUGCCUUCCAUAACAAUACCACUUGAUCAAAAAUUAAAAAAUGAUUAUCAGGAGUCAUCUCUCUGUCGCAGUAAAGUUUGUACUGACAUCAUAAAAGGUUUUGAUUGUGGUGAUGAAGUGGCUGAUUGGGUUUCCAAUGCCCUAGGAAUAUCAUUCUUGAGAUUAAUACGACAGUCAAGUGAUGACAACAGAACACAAAAGAAAAAAUCUGAAGAGGGCAAAAAAUUGCUAUCCUUAAGUAAUCAAGCACAAUUUCUUCUAAUUAAUAGAGCUACUGUCAAUUGGUUGAAGGGUAAAAUUCAGGAUCCAUUAUUUGAUGAUGAUCUGGAAUCAUUGACAGAUCGUUUUAGAGGAAACUUAAUUAUUGACACCACAAAGGAACUUAUUGAAAAAGAAUGGAAGAAGGUUAUUAUAGGGGAGCAUGAGUUUAAUGUUGAAGGCCAGUGUCCUAGAUGCCAAAUGGUGUGCAUAGAUCAGAAAACGGGACAAAAAACAGUAGAGCCUCUCAGAACAAUAUCUGAGCAAUUUGGUGGUAAACUGCAAUUUGGUGUGUAUUUAAGCUAUGUUGGUACAGUAAAUGGAUCUCGUCCAUCAAGUUUAAAUAUAUUUUCUCAAGUUACACCAUUAUGUGUUGAUGGUUCCUAAAAUUUAGUAUAAAUAUAUUUUUUAUUAGAUUUAUAGAUGUUAUUUUUUGUGUGUUAACAUACUUUGUUAUAAUUGUAUUUGUUUUACUUGAGUAUUUUAUAUUUAGAAAAUAAUUUCUAAUUGUUUUUAAUACCUCAGAAUGUUGAAGCAAAAUUUGCAUUAUUUAAUGGAUUUUGUUGAGUCAUAUUCAGUCAUAAAUAUCAUAUAAAAAUAGUUGUUUUACUAUUUUUAUAUGAUAUUUAUAGCAUAUACAGGAUAGUUAGGUUAUAAGUAGAUUUGAGUGUUAUAAAUUUUUGAAUGUUGCAUACACAAGAUUAAAAUUUAAUUUUAAAGAAUUCUUGAUGUUACCAUUGUAUACUUACAAGAUUUCAUUGAUUGCAUAAUAAUUCUUUAUUCCUUUAUUUAAUUUAUAGUAGUGUUAUUAAAACAACUUUCUACUUAUUAUGAGGCAUGAUUUUCCACACAUACCAUUGUGUACUU